AUGUACGCCAUGUAUGCCAUGCAUCCGUUGCCCAGCGAGUCAGAAGAUUUGGAAAGCAAUCGAAGCUAUGAGAGUGAUGAGCCCUUUCCUGUGGAGAAGGUGAGCCACAUCAAAUGGGCCGAUCUGAUGUCCAGCUCGCACUGCGGAGAGAGCUUGCGGGAGUCGGCGCGGGACUAUGCGCAGCGAGUUUGGCUGAUGCAGAUGAGGUCCCUUCUUGCCGAAACAAAGGAGAGUUUGGAUGCUGCAGUUGCGUACGAAAGGCGCUUGGAAGAAAACAGGAGUCAACAGCGACCUGAAGUGCUCAUGUGCUGCCGACGAGAACAAGAAGAAUCCGAGAAGACCAUCGAGAACUUGCGCGCGAAGAGCUUUGAGAAGGGCUCGAUUGAAGCUCGAUGGUGUAGCGAUUGGCUGGCGGAGUUGAACAAGAUGACACCGAGCAGCUUCAUCCAGUAUGUCACCCUCCUCAGCACCGAGGACCAUCAAGAGAACUUGUACAUGUUCAUGAGUAGCAUGUCGAUGGAGCUCACCUGGUCACAAGUGCAAGCACGACUCGUGAAGAUCGAGGCGGUGAGGCAAAAACUGCAGCAGGAAGAGUUACACCUUUGUGAAUGGAAACCCGUGUUGGAUGGGGAUGACUUCUCCAUCCUCUUUCACCAGCCGAUGGACUUCGGCUCCAAAAUGGACGCGCAGGAUUUCCAAGAAUGCAUCCGAAGAGUCAGCAACAAGAAGUUUCCAAGAUCUGGAUGCUUUGGAAAGCUCUGGGGUGUUUUCUUACAGAAACUUUUCAGAAGUGAUGUAUCCUGCUACAAGUCCGAGUUCAGCAUCACACCUUUGGCUCAACUCUUCAACUGCUCCAACCGAGACCUUGCCUUACUGCUGAAGGUCUUAGCGGAUGCUGGCCAGGACAGCCUUUGCUUUAACACGGUCUGUGCCCGCGCCAUCCUGGCGGAGUGCCACAAACGCACGGCCCGGGGACACUGGGUGGACAUCAUCAUCGACUUCCUUUACAUUUGCAUGUUGAUACGUAUGUCCAUGUGGUUGGAGACUGGCAACGAUCCGGAAGCGUGGUUAUUGGCCUGCUUCGCCCUGCUCAGCGUUUGGAUCGCCGCAUCAUUAUUCUUCAAGCUGUUCGGAGGCUUGAUCCUCUUUUGUGGGAGCUCCGCUGGUCUGGCCGUGGGGUUCCUAAAGCAUUUGAAUCUUUGGAGCGUGACCCUCACUGCUACAGAGGUCUUCUCUGCAUACGUCGGUUGGCGCUUCAUGGUUUACGCCUGCGUCGGAGGGGGUGUGGAAGUCAACGAUGCCUGGGUUCUCUUUCAGAAACAUCCUGCCUUCCUCUCAGUGUUGGUGCUGAUCCGUUGGACCCAGGUGGGCUUUGGUUUGUUGCAGUUGCCGGGCAUUGGGCGUAAUAUUGUGCCAGUCUUUUAUGCCAUCACACGGCCAGCUUCGAUCAACUUCCUGUUUAUCCUCUUCAUUAUCGUGAUGGGAUCUUUUCACGCAUACUUUGUCUUUCCAAUCAAGGAAAACACCGGCAAGUUCGACAAUAUCUUCAACGGUUUCUUAAAGAUCUUCCGCUUGGAGGUCCUUGGUGACUUUGAUUUAAACGAGCUGGAAGGGCUGAGCGAGACUUUGUCGGCCAAUCUCUCCCAUGGCCACUUGCAAGGCGAGGUCGGGGAGGAGGUGCGAUCUCACAUCCAUCGUUCCUUGCGCUUGGAGUUCCUGGUGCUAAGCUUAUUGGUGACGGUGGUGGCCAUGAAUGUCUACAUCGGCCUGCUGGGGGAGCUGUACUCUAAGGCAGUCGAGCGGAAGAAUAGGCUUUACAAUCACUACUUGGCGGCGUCGGCUUGCCGAUAUCUGAGUCGCUUGGUGGGCUUCCGAUGGUUAUGUUGUGGUGGCCGCUGUAGCCAAAGGCCCACGGACAAAGAGCCUGGCCUUGUAUGGUUGGCUUAUCGCCGAGAAUUCUUGUUAGACUCCGCAAAUCCUGAGGAGUGUUGA